AUCAAUAAUAUUUCAAAUGUAAAUAUCAUUAAGAUGUAGUAUUUCUCCUCUAAAGAUGGCUCAGUAUUGCAGACUCUCAGACGCCAGUGCUGACGCCAGUAUCUCAGAUCCCAGCAUGAACGUUUCUCCUGGUGUGAUCAAGGUGCUAAAAGAACAUGGAUACACCAUGAAGAAAGAACUUGGACGAGGGGCUUCAGGAAUAGCGUUUCUGGUGGAAGACACAGACGGAGUUUAUGUGGUCAAACAGAUGAAUUCCAGAGAUGGGGAUGAGCUGGAUACUGUCAAAAUGGAAGCUGAGAUCCUGAAAACUCUGAACUUUGGAUAUAUUGUCACUUAUGUGAAUUCAUUUGAAGAUAAAGAAGCGGGACGCAUUUAUAUUGUGAUGGAAUAUUGUGAAGGAGGUGACCUUUCAAAAAUCAUGGAAACACAGAAAGAAGAAGGUUUUUUUGAAGAAAAACAGAUCCUCGACUGGCUGGUUCAGAUUUGUCUUGCUCUGAAGUAUCUCCACGAGAAGAAAAUUAUUCAUAGAGAUAUUAAGCCUCAGAAUGUCUUUCUGACUGAAGAUGGUUACGUCAAUCUAGGAGAUUUUGGAUGCUCAAAAGCCCUUUGCAGUGCUGAUGAAUAUGCUACUUCAGCUGUGGGUGCAAGGCUCUACGUCAGCCCAGAAGUUUAUGAGAGUAAAUAUAAUUCUAAGAGUGACAUAUGGUCAUUGGGAUGGUUGCUCCAUGAUCUCUGCAUGCUUAAUGUGUGGGCCGAUAACAUGCAGCGCCACAUACUUCAUGCUGUCAGUAUGACAGGAAACUCCCCUCCCAUCUCAGAGAGAUACUCAGAGGAACUUCGUGAAUUAAUCAGUCAAAUGCUCAGUCGUGACCAUAAAGACAGACCUUCAGCUGAAGAGAUUCUAGCUAAACCGUUCCUGACAGAUGCAGUAGACAGAAACAGCAGAGCUCCAGAGGCACUGCUACAGAGAUUUAAGAAGUCUAUCACCGCCUUUGAUGAGACCUACGACAAGCACUAUAAAGACAUUGAGGUUUUAGUUAGUGAGUGGGGAAGAAUAACAGAUUCGAUGGAGUCUGCACAUUACAGCGCCACAGCGGGGAGUCUGUCAGGUUCGGUGAUCGGAGCAGCUGGAGGAAUCACUGCAUUAGUGGGUUUAAUUUUGGCACCGUUCACUCUUGGGGCGUCUCUGAUUGUUACUGGUGUUGGUGUUGGAGUAGGAGUUGCAGGUGGAGUAACAGGUGCUGCAUCCACCAUUACUAACACUGUACAGCAAAAAUCAUUCAGAGAGAGUCUUGAACAAAUUCAGCAGAAGUAUGAAUCUGUAAGCGAACCAAUUCUCACACCACUGAAUACACUGAGAAAGGUUCUGAGUAAAAUCUCAAAGUUCAGUGUUUUUUUCAGCAGCUCAGCUUUUGACAAUGUGCAAAUAUCAUGCAAUUUAGACAGAAGGGAUGUUUUGUGUGCCACACAACUCAUGAAUUUGGGUCUGUUGGCAAAUGUUAGCAGAAUUGCUACUCAGACUGCAAGAGUAGGGCGAGUUGUAGCAGAAGCAGUCUCAGGAGUGUUAAGUGGACUGUUAGUCUUACUUGAUGUCGCCUUCAUAGUGAAGGAUUCUGUAGACAUUCACCAGAUGAGACAGGGAAACGUAGAUGAUCCAGAAAAGGUCCAAUCCAGUGUGCUUAAAUCCAUUGCAGAGAUGAGGAGAACACAUAAUGAGCUUUGCAAUGUCCAGAGGGAUAUACAAACAACAAGAGAGGAACUAAAAGGCUAUAUAGAAUGGGCCAGGGGUGACAGAGAAAUAGACAAUGAUUUAAAUAGUUUAAACAUACAUGCAUGAUUCCAGUCAUAGAAUCAGGCAACAUUAUACAUGAACAUGAGUGAAGGGAAAAAAUUUGUUUUUGUAGAAAUCAAUCUAAAUAUUUAAUAUGUUGCUCUGAAACAACCAGAAUUCAUGUGUAUAUAGUGCUUUUCACAAUACCGAUUGUUUCACUAAAAUUAUGCAACAAAGUUUGUUUUAGUUGAACAGCUUUAGAAGAAAAUAGUGUCAACUAAAUUAAUAAAAUCCAUUAUUAAUUUAGUUAAUUUCAUCAGUACAGCAGCUCUGGAGAAAGGUGAUGUCAUUGUCCAGCGCAUUUCAAAUCUCAUACAAUAUUGUCAAUGCAGGCGGAUCAGUAAUAUUGUUGAAGAUUAAGUGUCCCAGACCAAGCAAGCCAGAGGAGACAGCAGCAAUGAGCUCAAACAGCUGACAGAAUGGACACACACACACAAAACCUAUAUAUCACUGAUAUAUACAUACACUGUAUACAUCCAUUAUACACAAGUGUUUUCUAUUAAAUAUGAGGUGUAGGGUUUGAUUAUGAAAUAAUCAGUCUGGUUAGUAAUAAGUAAAGAUGUAAUGCUGUUUGUGGAGUUGUUCAAUCCUCCUCUGCUGAGAUCUUGAGAGAUUUAAUGUAUUUUAUCUUCAGAUGA